AUGAAAUCACAGGCCAUAAAAUCACACCCAUUGAGGUUGGGAUUACUGGUGCGUCCUCUAUCAUCUGCUGCCAGAGUGUUUCAACAAGAUAAAAAACCCAAGAAGAAAACCCAGAAGAAAUCACGUAAAGAUGUUGAAUACGGUAAGUUAUCAAAGGCACAGAAAGCGUUUCUUGAUCGUAUCAUUCGAGUAGAUCAAGCAGGAGAGUUGGGAGCAAACUAUAUUUACUAUGGCCAGUUCACAGUAUUAGCCAGUAAAUACCCACAUUUAAGACCAGUAUUACAACAUAUGUGGGAUCAAGAAAUCCAUCACCAUAAUACAUUCAAUAAAUUACAGACUGAACGUCGUGUGAGACCAUCCUUAUUAACACCAUUAUGGAAAGUAGGUGCUUUUGGAAUUGGCGUUGGCACGGGGCUCGUCAGUAAGGAAGCUGCGAUGGCAUGCACUGUGGCAGUAGAAACUGUCAUCGGUAGUCACUACAACCAACAAUUGAGAGUUUUGAUGAAUCAAUAUAACAUACCAGCCUAUGAUAAGGCUACUGGAGAAAUUUUACCAGAGGAAAGCUUAGACAGGAGCGCACAAUGUUCCCCUGAAUUAACCGAGUUAAAAGAUCUUAUCAGUACUUUUAGAGAUGACGAAUUAGAGCAUUUAGACACUGCUAUAGAACAUGACGCUGAAAAAGCUGUUCCUUAUAUUCUUUUAACUGAAGCUAUCAAGUUGGUAUGUCGGGGAGCUAUUUGGACAGCUGAAAGAGUAUAA